AAAGAUGGCCACCGGAAACUUAACGUUCUUCAGCACGAACCGAACGCUCAGCUUCUUUCCCGCAGCUUCUAACCAUUCUAAGUAUACUGAAGAUACAGAAAAUGGCCAACUUACUGAAGGAUCCAUAGUCGGUAUUACUGUCACAGUCAUAGGUGUGGUAUUUGCAAUUUUUACCAUUCUGUUUUUGUAUCUCUGCUUCAAGAAAAAGAAAAACAACGAAAAUGGAGUGAAUAUUGAUGAUGAGGAAACAUCUUUUAUCUCCCCAGAAUGCGACUUUGAAUUAAACGGAAAAGACAGAAGUUCAGAAGAUGAAGAAACAAUGAUUAUGUCCCCAGAAUGCAACAUAGAUUUAAAUGGAGAAGGCGGGAAUACAGAAGUUUUUAUUGAUGAAUGA